AUGGCGAGUGGUGGUUGCAGCAAUAAGAAGAAGGCAGUGAAGAUUGUGAUUGUCACUACCGAGUAUGUGGAAACUGAUGCCAUGAGUUUUAAAUCUGUUGUGCAGAAGCUAACUGGUAAGCGUUCUUCUGAUGAUCGUGUUGUUGUUGAUGAAGUUAUAGAAGCUCCAAAAGCUAAGAGGGAAAAGCAUAAUCCAUGUGAAAAUGGUAGUGGAAGCUCUUUUUAUAUAAGUGAUUCGUUGAUGAAUGAGUGUGACAUGUUGUUUAGAGAGAAAAUAGCGACAAACGACAACUUUUUUGACUCACAAACUUUUAGUUAA